AACAACAAAUCUGGAAUCUAAAAGUACUGUUUUACAUCUGUGAGUCUUUGUGAACUGAAGUGGGCCGUAUAAUAUGCUUUUAGUGGAAAUUGCGAGGCUUAUUAGGCUUCCGUAGAUAAAAGAACGUUUAAAUAUAUAAAUGCUUUCACAUAAUAAAAAGUAUUCAUACAUAUGUACGUUGGAAUUGUCAACAAACAUUGCAUUAGGAAACAAACAAGACUACAUAGGAAGAUAGGAUUGGUAAACGUCAAAUGUUAUGAUAAUUUAAUUUUUUAAUAAAUGUUGAAUAAAUAGAAAAACAUAUUUACAUAUGUACACAUAGUUCAAAACGUACAUAUAAAGAUGUGCAUACACUUGUCUAUAUAUUGUAAACUUUUGAACUUGUUGGAUAAGUACGACAGUGUUUUCAUAUCUUAAACAAUAAUAAAAUUGCGGUAUCAAUAAAAUUUUCAUUGACUAUCGAUUUGGUCUAUCAAUUAAGAUGGGAGACCGCGACAUGCCUAGCGUGCCUGUGACGACGCUAGCUGGUUUAACCAGCACUUCUGAUUUGCUUAGCGAAUUACCAGUCUCGGAUUCACUUCAAAGUGCCGCUUCCUUAAAUAAGUCCCUUCUAUUUCAUGCUUUAGUGGCCAAUGAAUCCAGCAACUUGCUGUCAGUACGUGAUGAAAAUCUCGUACGACAAUUAGUAAAUGCCAUUGAAAAAACAAACUCCGACAAUAUUGAACUAAAAUCACAUUACACUAUUCAGUCAUCUGGAACUAACAUUAGUGCUUACCCUGAGUUACUGCAGGGAAUUUACAGUUUCCGACCAACAGUUUUCAAUACGCCACAAAAGAUAGUGUCUGGUGACCAUCAUCUCGUGAAAAGGCGAUACUACCAAAACGAAAGAACCGAACAUAAUUUUGAUUGCUAUUUAACGCCGAUAGAAUGCAGUUCCAAUAUACCUAUACCGAUUCUAGACGACCACUCGCACAUGCCCCCGUCGCAAAUAUAUAUUGAUCAAAUGACUUCAACGAAUAUUUCACCGGAAUAUCCACAACUAAAGGUCAAAGAACAUUCAAUUGAAAACAGUCAAGUUAAAACUAAAACUAUAAACUCGCUUAAAAAUGUGGACAACAUAUUUCCGGAAAAUCUUGAAAAAGAAAUAGUGUUUAAUACAAAUGAAACAAAAGAGAAAAUGGAAUCAUUUCAAUCUCAUGAAGAUGAUUUUCGUAAGCAACAGGCACUCAACUAUAAUUCAUUUUGUGAUAUUAUACAUCCGGCAGAAAAACCCUUUCAAAAUAUAGCUGAAGACUUACCGCAAGAUUUGGGGUCUUUAACUUUUAAUUUAGAAUCAGUAAAUGUUCAAAAUGUGUCUUUUACAAAUGAUCAGCCACAUAAGGCAAUUACAACAAGUCAAAUCGAAAACCCUUCAAUACCACAUCCAAAAAAUAAGGCAACACAAGCUAUUGAAGAACUCGAGGCAAAUCACCAAGAAACGCAACCAAGUGCGAACUCAAUUUUAAAUAGUAACAGACUUUCAUAUAGCUCUGACCUCCAACCGAAUUUACAUGUGGCUUCAACCACUACAUCGACGUCUACGUCAUCAAGUGGCAAGUCUCAGGUCCGGGUAUGUAUAAAUCGCCUUAAAAUUGAGGAUACCUGUCUUAUGCAGCACAGUAUUAAAAAGUUUGUACAAAAGUCACCAGAAUUGGCUAGAAGUUUGGGGUUACUACAAGAAUCAACUCAUCAACCACUUGAAACCUUGAAAAUGCUGCCUAAAUUUCUGGACCCGGUAACUUCGAGCGGUGGAACGACUGUUAUAUCUUCAAUUGAUUCGUUUUCGAGUAUAAAAGCUGAUGAAAGGAAUAUAUCUGGUAAACGAAAGCAGGCGAUAUCCAUUGGUGAUAUCCCACCGGAACAAAUUUUCUCUAAACCCAAAGUUCGCCGCGUUGAAAGAAUAUUGCCUAUGUCAAAUCAACAAUUUCUGAAGGAUGAAGUAAUUCGCUCCCAAACAUAUCAACAAUUUAUUCGGAAUAUGGAACAAAUAAUUGAAAUUUUGGACGAUACUGAGUCUCCGAAUUUUGAUUCAGAAGACGUCGACGAGAAUAUUGAGUGUAUAUCUCCAAAACUUCUAAAUAUAAUGAGCACUGAUGUUGCCAAACUAAAAGCUAAACAGGCACUGGAUACGAUACCGAAAAAUAAACUAACCCUUCUCAUUAAUUAUGCAAUGCGCAACAUUUAUUUAGCCAGAAACUAUUUUGCUGGGCCGGAAGACGAAGACGAAAUCGUAGAUGAUGAAGUAAUAGAAAAAAUACUAAAUGCUAUGGAUGCGUGCUUACUUAUAUGUAAUAUAUAUUCAACAGUAACGGAUCUUAAGUUCUUACAGGAGGAUAAUAUUUCACACAUUAUAAAGUUCGCACAAUUUCAAUUACGUGAGACAAUAUUUCCUCUCCACGAUCCUGUUUAUACAGUAAAGAGUGUAAAAAAAAGCAAUCAACGCAAAAAAUUGAAGUCAAAUCAAGCCCAUAAUAGGAGUCUGCAACUCUUCUACUCAAAAACCGUCGAGCUUUUAAAGGUUUUUGUAACACUUUUUGAUAAGUGUAUUUUUGUUGACACAAUAGUGUUGCCAUUAUCCUCACUAGCAAUUGAACCUUUUUUUGUCGACAAUAUAGAGACAGUUCAAUUUGUUUGUUUGGAACUUGUAACCACAAUAUUUCGCAAGGAAAGAUACGACAAAAUAAGAAACAGUAUCUUAGGAGAUAUAUUAUCUUCAAUUGAUCGUUUACCUUCAUCGAAAAAAAAUCUCCGACCAUACAAACUUACAAAUAAUGGUGGAAAUAUUCAAAUGGUUACUGCCCUUGUGCUUCAAUUAAUUCAAUGUGCUACCAUAUUACCAGACUCACUUUGUGAUAAUGGAAAGCUAAUUAAUAAAACUCAAAUGAUUGUUAGUUUGGAUGACAAUCUCCCAAGCGGAGCUAAAAAAGUAGUAAAACCUAAUAAGGAUUUAUUGAUUUUAAAAAAGUAUGAUGUCGCUGUCAGUAUUGGUGGAAAUUUUUUAACUACUUUUUUAAACAAAUGCAAAUCCCGGUCAAAUGAAACUGAUUUCCGACCACUCUUUGAAAAUUUCAUUCAUGAUUUGCUUGCAACUGCCAACAAGCCCGAAUGGCCCGCCUCUGAAUUGUUACUUUCACUUCUCGGAACAAUGCUAGUUCGCUAUGUGUCUGAUAAAAGUAUAGAACAGAGUAUUCGCUUGGUGUCUUUAGAUUACCUUGGAAUAGUAGCUGCACGACUUCGCAAGGACACAGUUGAAUCUCGAUGUAAGGUUAACAUAAUAGAUUCAAUGAUAAAAUCUAUCAAAAAAGAACAAGAAAAGGAAGGCGAUUUACCUUCAAGUAUUUCUCAAACAGAGUUACAUGCCGAGGACCAACGAACGGAGUUCCUGCAAAAAAUUCUUCUCGAUUUUUUAGCUGUGAAUGCUGAGGAAGACAAUUUAAUUUGGGAUUAUGCUCGACAUUUUUACUUGGCACAAUGGUAUCGAGAUAUUAUUUAUCAGAGGCGAAGGAUAUCAAAUGAUAGCAAAGGACAGGUUAUAAAAAAGUCAAAAAGGCGAGGAACUCGGAAAAGUGGUGAAUAUUUGGAUACAUCCGACUCUGGAUCUUGCGACGAAACCGAUACAGAAGGAUUACAAAAAAAUGAAAAUUUAUCAAAUAUGGAUUUGGAAUUAAAAGUCGAGAUGUUUAAUACUUUGGAGGCCAGAAAGCAAUAUUUGAUCAGUAAAAUAAAGCCAUACUCAAUAUCAGGCGAUCAAAACCUAAUAUCUAAUCAGCAUAUAAAAACAUACAUAGAUUAUAAUAAUGCACAGCUUAUUGCGCAAUAUUUAGCUACUAAAAGGCCUUUCAGUCAAUCGUUUGAUGGAUGCUUAAAAAAAAUUAUAUUAGUCGUUAAUGAACCGUCCAUAGCAGUAAGGACCCGUGCAAUGAAAUGUCUUGCAAACAUUGUGGAAGUUGAUCCAUUUGUCUUGAAACGAAAAGAUAUGCAAAUGGGUGUAAACCAAAAAUUUUUAGAUACAGCUAUUUCUGUUAGAGAAGCAGCUGUAGAUUUGGUUGGAAAAUUUGUACUAAGUAAUCAAGAAUUAAUUGACCAAUAUUAUGACAUGCUCUCGACACGAAUAUUGGAUACCGGUGUCUCCGUACGAAAAAGAGUUAUUAAAAUUUUGAGAGAUAUUUGCAUUGAGUAUCCAGACUUCGGGAAAAUUCCGGAAAUUUGCGUUAAAAUGAUACGACGUGUUAACGAUGAAGAAGGCAUACAAAAACUUGUAACAGAAGUUUUUAUGAAAAUGUGGUUUACACCAUGCAUAAAAAAUGACAAACAUGGCAUCCAGCGAAAAAUUAAUCAAAUUAUAGAUGUGGUUAACACGGCGCAUGAUACUGGAACAACUUGGUUAGAAGGACUUCUAAUGAGUAUUUUUAGGCCAAAGGAUAAUAUGCUGAAGUCUGAUGGAACCGUUAACGAUCCUAUAAAAAAAAAUACGGAACCUCCACAGGACAUUAUAUUAGCUUGUCAACAAUUAGCUGAUGGAUUGGUUGACAGACUGAUAGAAUUAGAGGACACUGAUAAUGCACAAAUGUUGGGGUGUAUAACUACACUGCAUUUGCUAGCUAAAGUACGACCGCAAUUGCUAGUUAGACAUGCUAUGACAAUUGAGCCCUAUCUGAAUAUAAAAUGUCACUCUGCAACAGCCGCUAAAUUUAUAUGUUCAGUGGCUGAUAUUCUGGAAAAAGUUGUACCUCUCGUUAACAAUGCAAGCGAAUCAUUUUUGGCAGCAUUGGAAGAGCACUUAAUGCUACUGGUCGUUUCAAGAAACCAGGCAGAAGUAACCAGUUGUGUAUCAUGCCUAGGUGCGCUUGUGAAUAAGAUAACACAGAACUACAAGCUGAUUCGCGACUGUUUUCAAAAGUUUUAUCGAGUACUUGAUGUUUCCCGAAGUCAAGUACUUCAAAAAAACUACAGUGUAGAUAAUAUUUACACUCCCAGCUUCCGACGAAGCCUAUUUACGAUUGGAAUUUUAAUGCGCUAUUUCGACUUUAAAUCUCCCAGUGGCUUAGGUGACAAGCAUGGUGGACUUCCUGCGUCUAUAUGUGAUGAUGUAUUUGAGUGCUUAAUGUUUUUCUGUAGGUGUGCAAAUCUAGAAAUUCGAAAGCAAGCGCUGAUCUCUCUUGGCUCAUUUUGCGUUUUAAACGACGAAUAUCUUACUAGAAUGGAGCUUAAAAAUUUUUAUUGCGAUAUAUUAAGGUCAUCAGCAAACGAUUCCGGGUUCAAAAUAAUUUGCAUGCGUAAUAUUUGGAUAUAUUUAACUGAAUCUGAAAUGUUUAUGCACAAUAAAGAAAAAGAAUGGGAAAAGCUAUCAAAGCACGAGGAUCUCAAGGAAAUGAACGAUGUUUCAUCUGGAAUGGCAAGUCGAAUUAUUCAACUUUAUUUGGAAGAAGUUCUGGAAUGUUUUUUGAAUCAGGAUGACUCAGUACGUUUAUGGGCUGUUAAAGUAAUACAGAUUGUUCUUCGUCAAGGAUUAGUUCAUCCUGUUAGAAUGGUUCCAUAUUUAAUAUGCCUAAGCACUGAUCCUAAACUAGAGUCCGCACACAGAGCUGAUGCCCUUUUAAAAGAUAUCGACAAAACUUAUUCUGGUUUUGUAAAUAUGAAAGUGCAAUUUGGGUUGCAACUUUGCUUCAAGUUACAAAAAGUUCUCCAAAUUAACAGCCAAGGAAAGCUCGAGAUUAUUCGAGGUUAUACAAAACGCGGAUCAGAUCAGGUAACGACGUCUUUAAACGAUUUCCUUUAUACUCUAUUGCGUACUACCAAGCCACAAAGACGUGCAUUGGUGCAAACUGUUACAAAACAAUUUGAUGAUCAAAAAACAUCACUACAGCAAAUGUUAUAUAUUGCCGAUAAUCUGGCUUACUUCCCAUAUGUAGUUCAAGAUGAGCCUCUAUAUCUGAUACAUCAAAUAGAUCUACUCAUAUCAAUGGCAGGGACCCAUUUGCUUGCGACCUUUAAAGAACACCUAAAACCAAGUGAAAAAGAAGGAGAUGUUUUAGAUGAUGACGAUGACGUGGAAGAUCCACAAGUUUUGUUUAAUCGCUUACCUGACGAUAUGAGCGAAGUAAAAAAAUGUAUUACAUCUGCUCAAGCUUGUAUGCUUCUACUAAUACUUAAAGAUCAUUUAAAGAAUAUGUAUGGAAUUACCGAUAGUAAGAUUUCAAGAUAUUCUCCAUCUGAACAAAAGAUCUAUGAAAAAGCAGUUACGCGUAGAUGUGUUACUGACUUUAAUCCAAAGACAACUAUUGAUGUCAUUAAAAAACAAAUGGCGCAACAGGUGUUAAGCCCAGAACUCAAUUACUCUUCUAGAUCUCUAUGCUCCGAAGAAAAAUUGGACCUGGUUGUAAAAUACCUUGAUUUUAAGAAACUUAUGCUAAAACUGGAUCCAGAAGAUAGAGAUUCUGAAGGUGAGGAGUUACGUGAAAAAUCCAUUUUAAAUAAUUCGGCUGGAUCUGACAAUAUGGUGUACAUCAAUUCAACCAAAGGAUCACUUAUCUCAUGCGAUGAUUUAAGCUUAAACUUAAGCCACAUUCCCGCGUCUACUAUUUCGGAUACCUUAAAGGAAGAAGCUCCUGAUGUUCCCAUACCUCAAAUUGUGAAAUCAACGAGUUCACUUGCGAAACCAAGUGUUCGCAAGCCAUAUCAAGUACGCGGUAAAAGGAAACGAAAGAAAAUCGAAUCAUCUGAUGAUGAAAACAGCAAUGAAGAAUUUACGUGAGCGUAUGUUUUCUAAAUUAUUUUAUAAGAUAUGUACAAGUAAACGCCAAAAUAGACAAAUGGGCUAAAAUAUCACAUUUAUCCAUUUACAAGAUAUAUAAUAAGAAUUUGAAAUUUAAAUGUAUUAGUCAAUAAUUUAUUUUGAUGUGAGGUUUACACUUACGCUGUGGAUUUGUAUUUUUUGUUUAUAUUUUAAAACUUAAAAAAAUGGAGUUUAACUUAAGCUAAACCAGGUUAUAAAUACUAAUCAAAAAUUUAAUAAAUAUGAUAUGUAUAGAAUAUAUUGUUUAAAUACUUACAUUAACAUACAAAGUAAACAUCUCCAGUUUAUUGUUAAAUAUAUUCGGUUAACAUAAAAAAAUAUUUAAUGUAUGUACAAAAAAUGCUUGCAACCUUUGCAAAGUCUAUAAUUUUACUAUUACGACCGAUUCCUUAAAACAACAUAUUAUAAAUUCUUGUAAUCUAUAGAAAACUUCUUUUGUUUAGUACGCAUAUAUGUAUAUUUAUGAAUUUAAAUAAAAAUAAAAUGUGAAUAUAUAUACUUA